CCAAGCGAUCUCGUUAACUGUCACUAGGGAGCUUGUGCUCUCCCCUGCGCCGUCGCUUAGAGAUCACAUAAGCUAAAUGAGGCCAUCACAGGAACUAACAUUGCUAGAAAUAAGCCGUCCGAAUAAGCCUCAAGGGUAUUAGAGGUAGUUGCUGACAUAAUGAUGCUAGUCGAGUCUCCCGACUACGCUACAUACAGCGGUCGAUGAAUAAGAUUUAAUCCGAGUCCGGCAAGGCGGAGGCGAUAUUGAGAAAAGAUCAAUAGAUCAUACGAUAGAAUGGUGUAGCGAGUCAGCAAUAUCGAGGCCUUUUUCUAGGGGUAUGCCAGCUUAACAUGGUAUGGUAGGACUUACUGAGAAACCAACCCGUACGGCGGUAGACAUCAUUGCUGAUGAAGACCACGAUCAAAAGACCAAUAUCGUAGAAAUAAAAGCAUGGAAAUAGGUAGCGGACAGAGGCCUCGCCCCAUCAUGGCCGACCACGGGGUGCUGUCACGCAUCUCCGCGCCGCAGCGGUAAGCCCCCAUCGUAUACAGGAUUCAUUUACCAAGGGGCAAAGCCAUAGGCAUCAAUUAGUGAUCAUCAGAAAAGGCAUACAGAAAAAAUGUAUAAAGGCGACUUCUUGGCCUCAAUAUUUAGGAGAAUCCAUAGUCACAGCAUUCACAAUCACAUCCUCACUCAACAGCAACAUUUUACAACACCAUAUAGUAUAUCAGCAAUACAACUCAUUCACAAUGGGCUUUACUUCGUACUCCGGACCCGCCUCCAACUUCCCUCCCAUGAGCCAGUGGAAGUCAUUCGAGGAGAUCUUCAACGCCAACAAGAGCGCCAUGGCUGCUACUGGCGACACCGGCGAGGACAUCGGCCGCAUCUGGAACGCCGUUAACGAGUGUGCCAAGAUCGGUGUUGAGGAGCGCGUCAUCUUCGCAAUCAUCAUGCAAGAGUCCACCGGCAACGUAGGUGUUAAGACCACCGUCAACGCCGAUGGCCACGGCACCGCCGGCCUGAUGCAAUGCGACGGCUCCCCCGGCUUCCCGGGCCAGCACGGCCUCUCCCAGGACAACAUCACCUCCAUGGUCCGCGCCGGCACCAACCACUUCAAGCAGAACCUCAAGGACUUCGGAAACGCCGACACCGCCGACUGCAUCUACAAGGCACUCCGCGAGUAUAACUCCGGCUCCGUCAACGAGGCCAACCUCUCCGACGGCCGUGGAGCUACUCCCUCCUACGUCUCUGACAUCGCCAAUCGUCUUUUGGGACGCACCAACUAAUCUAAUUAGCCAUUAGAAUGUACCGGAGGGAAAGAUGGAGUAUUAAAGGGGUCAAUUAAAUAGGUUGGGUUAGGUAUCCGGAGUUAUCGGGUUGGAACACGGUCAUUUUAUUUAAGAUAUUUCAAUACAAUAUUUACUCUCGGGAUAUUCAACAUUCCGAU